CUAAUUACUAGCAUUUUAGCGAGCAAUGAGGUGUAUAACGUAGCCAUACCUUUAAAAAAUAGUUGUAAGUGUAAUAUAAACUGAAUUAUGUAUUCACUUUGCCGUAUGGUUACAAGUUCAACGCUACGAAGGGGUGCGCUGGUCGCUGGCAAAGAAGCAAGAAGUGACAACGCUAUUUUGGACGCCAGAGUCGUUCAACAUGUUUUUAAGAAUCCCGAAGUCAAACGUGAUUAUUCAAACAGGAAAGGCUUUCUUGAAAACUUUAUAGAAACAAUUAAACAGGAAUAUAAUAAAGACCCUGAGUUAAAAGAAAGCAUCAAGAAGUUUCGACAAGAAGCAAAGGAAUUGGAAGAUUCUGACGCUUUAAAACAAGCGAGGAAAAAGUUUCAAGAAAUUGAAAAAGAGACGACACAAAGCACCGAGGUUCUUCAAGAAACGUUCGGGAAAAUUAAAUCUAAAGUUUCCGAGACGGCUGAGGAGCUUGGAUCAUCAGAAGUUGGCAAAGCAGCGAGUCGGAUUUCUGGAGGGAUUUCUGACGCUGCAAAACGCGCCUCGGAAAGUGAGGCGUUGAAAAAAGUCCAAUCAAGACUGAGCGACAUUGCUCAAGGCAGUGGUGUUGCUCCUGAUAGCUUAUAUCGACCACCAACUGUAUUACGGAUGCGGAAACAAGAAUUAUCGGUUGACCCUGAUAGAGAAUACCAGCCCAACACAGAAGCUACGAAUAUUGUGAUGCAUAAAGAUACAAUAUGGAACCAACAGUGGGAGUCGUUUAAGACCAGCAAAGUUGGAGAAAGUAUUUCUGAAAUGAAAAUGCGUUUUGAUGAAAGCGAUAAUGUUUUAAUACGAGGUUCGCGUUUUAUCACAGACAAAAUAUCGGGAGUGGCAGGAAGUUUAUUUGGAGGAACAGACAUCUCAAAAGUGAUGACAGAAAUAGCUCGAAUUGACCCUGAAUUUUCGGCACAAGGAUUUCUAGAUUUUUGUCGAUUUGAAAUCAUUCCAAACUUACUGGAAGCCAUUUCACAAGGGAAUGAAAACAUUGUGAAAGACUGGUGCAGUGAAGCGCCAUACAACCAGCUAAUGUUUCCUGUGAAGCAAGCCCAGCAAAUAGGUUGUCGUUACGAGCUCACCACGGUGGAUCUUGACCAUGUAGAUAUUGCUGGGGCUACAAAAGUAGACCAGGGGCCUGUGCUUGUAAUAAGUUUUCAAACUCAACAGAUUAUGGUAGUUAGGAAUAAGAAGGGAGAUAUUGUAGAAGGAGAUUCAGAUCAAAUAAUGAAAGUCUUCCAUGUUUGGGCUUUGUGUCGAGAUGUUGAAGAGAUGGACAGAAGAGCCGCGUGGAAAAUAAUCGAUCAGUCAAUGUCUGCCUCGCCAAUGUUGUUAUGAUAUGCAUUAAUAAAUACCAUGCACGAAAAGCGAUGCGCUGCCA